AUGACCGGAAGCUUGAUCGUCGCCAGUAAUUAUCCCACACCAGUGGUGGUAGGAAAGGAUUACACUGACUUCAUUCUCACUCCACUCUACUCAAGAAUGGGGCAAGAGGAGGCCGUUGCAAACAUACCCAUUGAUAGUAAGGUCUUUUGGGACAAGUGUAUCAAAUACAAAAAUCGUCUUAAUAAUUACAGACACCUUGGAUGGAUAGUACUGCUUGCCUCGGCUAUAAACGUCAUUCUUAUUGGUGGAAAGAGACGUGCAUUUGGAAUCUUUGUAACAGCACUGCACAAUGACUUUAAGAACACCUCAAUGACUGAACUCAAUUGGAUUGGUGAUAGUUAUGCGGCUGUGGGAUUCUUUCUCAUGCCUUUUAUGACAACAUUGAUAGUUCAAGUCGGUCGAGCUUACCGUUUUGCUAUGAUGGCUGCUGGUGCCUUUAUUUUUGUGAGUUGUUUUACAUCUGCAGCUGUGCCAUCACCUGGAUACCUCUUCGCUACUCACACCGUUCUUCAUGGUAUCGGUUCUACCCUCAUCUUGUGCACAACUGCUCUCAUAACUGGUGAGUACUUUGACAAGAAGCAUCGUUUUCAUGUCUUGGCAACGGCUUUUGUAUCCGGUGGACCGUACGGUGUACUCAUAUUUGGUCCCCUCUUCUCCAUUUGGAUACACAACUACGGUUGGAGACAUGCAUUUGAGAUUUGUGGUGUGGUCUUUCUUGGUUUCACUCUUUUGGCUGCUGUUGUUUAUCAGGCAAAAAGUAAUGACAAUUACGAGGAGGUUGAUAAUAACAGUCAAAAAGGAACUAUGGAAUCGGUAGAGCCCACUGCAGCCAGUGGUCGUGGAUGGGCACUGAUUUCGCUGUCGCAUUUACGGAAAAAUCUACAAAUAGUGCUAUGGGCCCUUGACAGAUUAGUGCACAACUUUGUUAUGUAUGGUCUCCUGAUGAAUAUGACAACUUACGUGACCGAGGCCUUGAAGGAUCGCAUUGAACAGGGGUCAAGGGUGAACCUUUAUUUUGGCAUCGGAGAAUCGCUUAUCUUCACUGCUGGCGCUCUGGUUGGAGAUCGAAUGCGGGGAUAUCUGCCGCUAUUUUACAUGAUUGGAGCCGCAUCUGCUGCUAUUAUUCUUCUAAUAAUGCAGAGUAUUUACAAGAAUGUGAAGGGCGUGCUAACGUUGGCGGGUUUCCUGGGUGCUGCAGUGGGAACAGGCAAUACAUUCCUUUACGCCACUUCAGAGGAGGUUAUGCUUAUUCACGGCUCCGUUGCCUUUCCAAUGACCAAGAUGAUUGCUGGGAUAGGCAUGCUGUUGGCACCCUUUCUCUCUGGGACGGUUAUUGAUACAUUUUCCUUCCGUGGAUAUUUUAUCUCAAUGGCUGUUCUGGUUUGCAUUCGGGUAAUCUUCUUCAUCAUCAUUUGUAUUAUACUAUGGAGGAAGAAGAAAUCACUCAAUCGAAAACGGCAGCAGGAGGCGGAAGCAGAGGCUACAAAGCUUCAACCGAAAAUUAUUACUACAGCACCAAGUUCUGAAGGUCCUGAUAAUGAGUCGGAUGCCUGUACCACUAAUCAUGGCUCUAUGGCUUUGCAGUAA